UCCUCCGGAUUAGUUUGCACAUACUCUUCGUGAGCAGUCACGUUAUUCAAGCAAAAUGAUCGCCAAGUUCGUUGUCAUUCUUGCUCUGGCCGUCGCUGCUAAAGCCGGUGUUUUGCCAGUUGCGGCAGCGCCUGCUGCCCUCGUGGCGCCGGCAGUGGCCCCUAUCGCACCUGCAGCGUACGCCGUGGCACCAUACGCUAGCUCAUACUCGGCACAUACCGUGAAUCACGCCAUAGCUACACCAGUAGUGGCUCCCGCCCCAAUCGUUGCUCCUGCACCAGUUGUUGCUCCAGCUCCAGUCGUUGCACCUGCUCCUGUCAUAGCUGCAGCUAGACUUGUCGCCCCAGCGCCAGCUGCUCCAAUAGUGGCCCCAACUGGUCCCUUUACAGCCCCAUACUUCUCAUCUCCUUACUACCUAUAGACGAAUUUGGUGACAUCAUUGCCUAGUGACUUGCUCAAAAAUGAUCUUAAAAAUAAAUUACGUUUGUAUAUUGGU